AAAGAUUCGUUAGCUGAACGUGCAGCGUGCGCGAACUAUCAAAUCCGAUUCGAAUCGUUCCGAGGCGAAGCUACAACUCCUGGAAAAUAGCAGAAAAAUCACAAAACACAUUUGUUGCAGCCGCCACGCUUGAUGCAGAUGCAGCAGAUGCAACACUUGUAGUUUCAACCUCCAACUGACAAGGAAACAAAUAAAAUAAAACAAGUUCGGGGAAGAAAAUAAAUCAAGUGAUUGUGAAAGUACGAUCUGGGGGGAUACAGAUAAAAAUAUACAACAGCUAGUCUGCUGGUGUUGUUGCAACAAAAUGAGAAUUCACAUAUUGGUCUUGACACUUUUGCUUGGCCUCGCCUUUGCCCACGCGGUAGAUGCGGAGGUUAAGAGCGACGGCAGUGCAAGCAUUGGCAUCAAGGCAGUGGCAGACAACAAAAGCUCCGCCUCCAUACCGCUCAAAUCGGAGGCGACCAAAGACAAACGACAGGUAAGUGGUAAGGAGACCCCUCUCUACCCGAACCACCGCAGUUCCGAGGUCUCAGCAUCUGGAAACGAUGAUCCUGAGGAUGGACAGGAGACAAUCUAUGGCUCAAAGCCCAACCAGUUCAUUAUCCGGCCAAUUGCCCCUCAUCAGCAUCAACAGCACGAGUCGCAUCAGGAACCCCAGCUGAGGAACUAUGCUUCAGCCAACUCUCGACCACAUGCUGCCCAGCUUUUGGAACAAAGUCAGGAGGUGCAGCAUUAUGUGUAUCUGCAAGACAUUAUGCGCCAUCAUCAGCCCAAGGCCCUGGUGGCCACAGGUCAAGGAAAAGGCGCGGCCAGUGCGCCUAAAAAGUCAGCUACGCCAGUGGCCGAGGAGGAGCAGGAACAAGAGCAGGAGGCGGAGCAGCGCUAUACAGUUUCCAUUCAGCCGCAAGCACAGCAGGGGCCGCGUCCACGCCAGUACCAGGGUGUGAGUCCCUAUCAACUGCCAUUGCCUCUUCCUGCGCCGCAGCAUCAGCCGUUGAAACAACAGCAGCAGCCGAUACCUCAGCAGCCUUAUCAAAUCAUUCCCGAAGAGCAGUUUCUAAAAAUCCUGGAAGAAGAACUACAGGCCCGAGCGUACCAUGAGCAAUUGAGGCAACAGCAACAACAUCACCAGCAGCCACAGGUUGGGCAACAAGUUGGACCCCAACCGAAGAACCUUCCCCUUCAUAGCACAGCCGCCACUCACAAGGUAUUGCAACAGGCCGAACCCGUUCUAGGAUUAGGGGGUUAUAGAGAGCGCCUGGCUUCCGAGCAAGAUUUGGGAGCACCUACUUACUCCCAUCCCCGUAGCGGUGGUCCCAAGUACUUGCCCCUGCCCCAGGCUCAGCGAGCUCCAGAGGACGAAGAGUCCCAGCAGCAGCAGCAACCACACCGCUUGCAACUUCACAAGGCAGAUCCUCAUCAGGGACUCCAUGGACUGCCGCCCCAGAUCGCCUAUUACCAGCCGCAAAUUAGUUACAAGACAUUGCCCAAUCAUCCGCUGGCCAAGUCGUCCCUAGAAAGUGAAAUCGAGAAACUUUUGGAAGCCAAUAAACCAGGACAGGCACUGGCCUAUGUGGACAGUAGCAGCGAGCAGGCUACCGUGCUCCGCCAGCCGACACAGCCUCAGCACCCACCACCGCCCUCCUCGCAUCCAGCUCUGAGGCAGCCCAAGGCCUACUUGGCUAGCACUCCCAAUUCCCUGUUGGAUGCCAACAAUCAGCCUUUUGUUCCGUCACUUUUUAAAUUUAGUAACUUUCAGCAACCAACCCCUAUCUAUCCGACGCCGGAAUCCAAGCGAUUAGGCCCUGUUGUCUACCCGACUCAGCAGGCGAAUCUGCCGCAACCGUCUCAGUAUUACUACCAGGAGUCUGCUCCUACUGCGGCACCCAAGUCCCAUCCCAUUCCCAAGCAGUACCACCGGAACAAGCACUACAAGUUGGCUUCUCCUGGUAAGGCCCUGCUCUAUGCGGAUUUCGAACGCAACCAGGCACCCAGCCAGCUACCGCCGCCACCAUCGCCAGCUAACUUCUAUCCCAGUCCACCGGAUCCCAUUAAGCACGCCCAGAGAGCCGUAGCCGUGACACCCACCGCUCUGCCUCUUCAUGCUGAGUAUCCUUCACCAGCACCAUCACAAUCAAGCAUCUACGUUUCCCAGGGAACCGGCAUUGCAACGCCUUCCAGGGUCACGCCCACCUCAGCUCCGGUACCAAAACUGAGAACCCUGGAUGAGGUCAAGCAACUGAAUUUACCGCCUCCAAAUGGAAAGCCACUGACCCAGGCAGAAUUUCAGGCUUUGGUGGAUGCUGGAUAUCCGGUAAAAGCUGUUCCCGUGCCUGUUCCAGUUCCAUUUGAGCAGUACGUUAAGGAUCACCCCGAAUACCGCAACCAUCCGCCAGUUGACUAUGCCCAUUUAAUGCGACUGGCCACGAGGCAGCUGGCUGCCCAUCAACAGCAUCGAUCUCUGGUGGCCCCCUCAGAGCCUUCGGUGAAAAUCCUCUCUACUCCAUCGGCAGGAGAACUGCAACACCACCAACAGCAAACAGCAACGGGUAUUGGUGGCGGCAGCGUCACCUAUCUGCAGCCCAUUGAGAGACAGUCCCAUCCCCACGCCCACACCCAUGCGUUGCAGAAGAGGAGGCCGCGCGAUGAGCAAGACACCGCAAUAGCGGGUAGCGAGCCCAAGACAGCUGAUUCACUCGUGGAAGCGCAACCCACCAAGACAAAUUCGCAUUAAAGGUGCCGGUAUUCCGGCUAGCACAUGUCCUGUUUUAGUUAAAAUGUCCUUGCCUAUUUUGUAAGUAUUGUAAAAAUCUUUCAGCCCUUUUGCAACGUUAAAUUAUAAACUAAAAAAUUAAAUUAAAACACACAUUGA